AUGACAUUAAUUGGAUAUUUGGCUGGCGUGUUAUCUGCUAUUGUUAUGAAAUUGCACCCAGCGUCAGCAUCAUCAGUGUUGCUAAUACAUCUCGGAGCAGUGGGUGCCUUGGCUAGUGGCGCAUCGCUCUGCGGGGGAGGAGGAGCAUGUGCUUGUGGAGCUUUAUUACAUGCAUUACAUCCUUUGCAACUCUGGACAGUGUGCGGAUUGCAUGCAGAUCGCGCAGCCGCUAUCGCUGCACCUUUGCACUAUGCGGCUAUCGUGUCUGCGAGAAAGGUAAUUAUCUGCGUUGCCAGCAGUUGGAUCGCUCUUGCUGCCCUCCUUGCGCCUUUAGCGGCAGCUCAACCACCACUCGCCUACAGUAUUGGUUUUGGAAGCUGUGCACCCGACUGCAGUGCUGGACCAACAGCGUUAAGUUUCUGUCUUGUUUAUGCGUUGUUGACUCUAUUACUACCCACCGCACUUGUUCUAUUCUGCAGCUUAAAAAUACUUCGUAUAGCUCGAUAUCAUCGACACAGAAUAGCGGCUGCAAUAUACGAAGUUACUUUAUCCGCACAAGUUACCGUGACACAUCAGCGUAACCCAUUUUCUCCUCCGCCACCUCCUAGAAGACGAGCAUUAUCCGCUAUCCUGCAACCUCUGGGGUCAUUAGCAAUUCUGUAUUUUCCUUACUACUGUGUGUUAAUUUGGCCCGCUAUUUCUGUACCGCCACAGUCUCUUGCCGCUAUAUCAGCUGCCUUGAUAGCAGCAGCUCCACCUGUAAAUGGUAUAUUAUAUGGAAUCAGGAGUAGAGCUUUUAGAGACGCUCUACGGAAUUAUAGAAGAAAAAGAAUGACAAAAAGUGAAGUAACUCAGGAGAUUCAAGCACGAACCCCGAGCGCUUGUGGUUCAAGAAGACCUUCUUUAUCAGCCGGUUCAGGUUGCAUAAGGCCACCAACGACUCGUCGUCUAUCUGACGCAGCAGCAAUGGGCUCACGAGGAUCAGAGAGGCCUGCACAACGUGCAGCAUCCUGUAAUAUGUUACAAAAUUCUCAGGAGGAAGAACCAGCUAAGGCUAGAGCUUCUGCUAUACCUUUGAUUCGAGCUCCACCACACAUCGUUCUUGGCCGCGCCCUAGGACUUGAAGAAGGGAUGAGUAGAGAAAGGAGGCGCAGACAGUCGCCACGAAUUACGGUUACCCGCGCGAUGUCUGAUGAGAGUGAAUCGCCAUCGCGUCGUCCACUGUGCAGACAGCACUCGCGAUCAAGUGGUGCUCUCCUUGGUACAAUGUCCUGUUCUCCUGCACUAUCUGAGAAUAUUAAUAUUGAAAACGCUGCAGACGAACAGCUCCUCCUUACGUGGCCUCAGCGUACUCACGUUAUCAAACAUGAAGUUUUA